CCCAGCACAGCCUUCGUAGCGAGCGCUACGCUCCUACGAGUCUCUCAGCUACGCGCCAAAGUUACUUCACGUAAACUCAUUAAAUAAGGAGCUUGCAAUAAACUGAACAUUUUCAAUAUAUACUUACAUAAAUAGUUAUCCAAUUGUUUUUUGCAUACGUAAUAUUAAUAAAGCUGGACAGUUAUUAGAAUGCCCGUUUGAACACAUCACUUUAAGACUAAAUUCAAGUGUAUUAUUGAGUGAUAAUUAGUGUACUGUGAAAAAUAAUGUAGCAAAAAUGUGAUAUUUAAAAAGAAUUUCGUCAUAAACAGUUGGCGAUCACGAAAGGCAAAUGGAUUUCGGACGGUAGCUGAAGCGCCGUGGUGGCAUGCAGCGCCCACCGCGCGGCUCCUCCCACUUCCACUGCUCAUCCCUCUACGAACCAACCUUGACGAUAUCCAGUCUCCCACCCUUGCUUCUUAUUCUUAUUGUUUUUCCUAUAUCGCAUACACAAAUGACGAAUAAUUCAACCCUACCUGAGAAAUAUUUUCAAAAUGAUGCAAUCCAUCAAGAAAAUAAUUAUACCUUAAAGAAAUACAAUGAAAGCAAUAUAACAUUCAAAAACAAAAACAUAACUACAGCUGUAAGUAAGGAAUAUCAAAUUUUAUUAGAUAGGGUUAGAAGAAAAAACGUUAAAAAUAUGACAAGCGAAGGAAUCUUUUACGAUAUUGGCAAUUUAACUGAUAAUUUAAAUAAUAUAUCAACAAACAAUCAUUUUAACGUAAGUCCACAUAGAAAUUAUUUACAUUAUCAUCAAACACAAUCAUUUAAAUUACAAAAUAUUGAUUUACUAAAUGCAAAGGAUUCUGAUGACACUAGCGCUAUCGAAAAAUUAAGGAUGGAUGAUGAAACUAGAACCAAAAUAUUUCACGAUUAUUAUUCUACAGUAAACAAAGUCAACACAAUUAAUGAGGAACACAAUACAAAUGAAUCAAUUAUAAUAGAUGUUUUGGAUUAUAAUGAAACAAUCGAUAUAUUAUUUAAUGAAACUGAAAUUCCACAAACGGUAACUGAUCCGAAAAUCCGCAGGGGAUUUUCUAACGACUCAUUAGUUUUCCCUGACAACCUUUCCUCUUCUCGCGUCCCGACGAUAAUGCAGACACCACGUCCGGGAUUUGUUGAAGAAAUAUCGAAAACCAGCUCCAACCGCAUCGUGUCGAUCCUGGGCCUAUUCGAGCUGUCAGUGGGAGUGGCGCCGCGGGCCGAGGGCGCCUCGGAGCUGGCCGCCGCACAGCUGGCCGUGAGACACGUCAACCGGCGCGAGCUGCUGCCCGGGUACAAGCUGCACCUCUUCACCAACGACACGAAAUGUGACCCAGGUGUGGGCGUGGACCGUUUUUUUCACGCAUUGUACACGGAGCGUGACUCCAGGAUGGUCAUGUUACUGGGCUCCGCCUGCUCGGAGGUCACCGAGAGCAUCGCCAAGAUCGUGCCCUACUGGAACAUUGUUCAGGUAUCAUUCGGGUCUACGUCCCCUGCGCUCAGCGACCGCUCCGAGUUCCCGCUGUUCUGUCGCACCGUCGCCCCCGACUCGUCGCACAACCCCGCCAGGAUCGCAUUCAUCAGACAGUUCGGCUGGGACACCGUGACAGCGUUCUCGCAGAACGAGGAGGUGUACUCGUUGGCUGUCAACGAGCUGGUGACGCAGCUGGAGGCCGCCAACAUCACCUGCGCGGCCUCCAUCACCUUCGCAGAGUCUGACUUCAAAGAGCAACUCCAACAGUUAAAGGAGCUGGACACCCGAAUAAUCAUUGGUAGUUUCUCUCAGGAGAUGAUUCCCAAAAUAUUUUGUGAGGCUUUCAAGCUAGGAAUGUGGGGCGCGGAGUACGCGUGGGUGGUUGCGGGCGCGCCGCCGCGCCUGCGCGCCACGCCGCCGUGCGCGCGCGCGCAGCUCGCCACCGCGCUCGAGGGGCUCGUGUCCGUCACCGCGCACAGGGGCAUUGUGGGGGACGCCGUGUCAUACUCCGGGCUGACUAACGAAAAGUUCCACCGCGAGAUGGCGGCCGCAGGGGUCGCCGUGUCGCCGUACGCGCCGCAGACCUACGACGCGGUCUGGGCCAUCGCGCUGGCGCUCUCGAAGGCGGAGCACCUCUGGCGGAGCCUGGACAUGACGCAUUUUAACGGAACCCUGCUUAAAGGAGGCGCUAAGAUGGGCUUGAGCCACUUCGAUUACAAUAGAAAGGAUAUGGCAGAAGAGUUCUUGAAUCAAUUGGCGAAUCUUAGUUUUCUUGGAGUUUCGGGACCAGUUUCAUUCAAUGGGGCAGAUAGGAUUGGCACUUCUGCAUUUUAUCAAAUACAAGGAGGACGGCCAAAGACCGUAGCACUGUACACGCAGGGGCGGGCGCUGGCGUGCUCGGGGUGCGCGCGCGCGGCCUGGGGCGGCGGCGUGCCGGCCGCGCGCCGCGUGCUCGUGCUGCGCGUCGACUCCGUGUGGGCGCCGGCGCGCCUCGCCGUCGCCGCGCUCGCCGCCGCCGGCGUCGCGCUCGCCACGGCCUUCCUGGCGUUCAAUCUGCACUACAGCAAGCGGAGAUCGAUAAAGCUUUCGUCACCUCGUCUGAAUAACAUGACGCUAAUUGGGUGCGUGUUGGUGUACACCGCGGUCGCUCUGCUCGGCGUCGACAACUCUAACUUGCCGCCCUACGUGUCCUUCUCCGCCAUGUGCAUUGGUAGGGUAUACAUCUUAUCGGCGGGGUUUUCCCUCGCUUUCGGCUCCAUGUUCGCAAAAACCUACAGAGUGCACAGGAUAUUUAUCAGCAACCGAAGCGGCGUGUGCAAGACGAAGCUCCUCCAAGACACUCCACUGAUCUCGCUGGUGUGUGCUCUACUGUUGCUGGACGGCCUGCUGGUCACGUUGUGGGCCGCGCUGGACCCCAUGCAGCGCCAACUCAAAAACCUCACGCAAGAGAUCAGCGCCAACGACCGUAGCGUCGUCUACCAGCCACAGAUAGAAGUGUGCAAAUCUCAAAACACGACUGGCUGGUUAUGCGCGCUUUACGCAUAUAAAGGACUCCUACUAUUAGUGGGCGUAUACAUGGCUUGGGAAACUAGAAACGUUAAAAUAUCAGCCCUUAACGACUCCAAGUACAUCGGCAUCAGCGUAUACUCCGUCGUCAUCACCAGUACGAGUGUAGUCGUCAUUGGGACGAUCAUUUCUGAGAGAGCUACGUUAGCGUACAUAACGAUUACAAGCCUCAUUCUUAUAACAACGACGUCGACUUUGUGUCUGCUGUUCUUGCCGAAGAUUGUAGCAAUAAGGAGUAGUAAAACUGAAGACGACCCCGUAAUUCAGAGCUUGGGGCUCAGGUUGGAGUGUAAGACGCGGCGCUUUGUCACCGACGAAACGCAAGAGCUGCACUUUCGUAUUGAAAUUCAGAACAAGGUGUACAAGCGCGAAGUGGCCGCGCUGGACAAAGAGAUUGGCCGCCUGGAGCGGCUGCUGGCAGAGCCACUCGAGUCCGCCACCAGCUCCAACGCCUCCAUUGCACUUCACAAACGGACCGAAUUGAACACCGUAGAAGAAGAAGAGCGUUGCCGUUCAGAUCCAGAAAGGAGGACACCGAGCAUCACUGGAGGCCUUCCCAUGCUGUUACUGUCUGUACUACCGCCGGUCAUCCCUCGCGCCAGCUGGCCCUCCGCCGAGCACUGCCGGGGAAGAAACUCAGUCAGCUUCAGCUCACAACCUAAACUAAACUAUCGCAAAUCACACCCAGCAAUAGACCUAUACAGCCUUUGCUUAAACAAACGAGAAGAACAUCACGGUCUUCUCAGCAGAAUAAGAAGCUUUUUCGGAGGCAGCAGUAGACCGACCAGCAGAAAAGCCUCAACCAUGUCUAUCGCCGACCCUACGGGACAGAGUAUAGCCGCUGCUCUAAAGAUGCAUGUAGGCAUGAUCGCUGGAUUAGUUCCAGGAAAUAGAAAACAUUCAAUGGUCUUAUCCUGCAACACCUUAAAUGUACCUUCCUACCCUGAGUUAAAACUAAGACGGGAAUCUUAUGCCAAAAGUGGUCCAAUUAUUCGUAUAACAGAUGAUGAGCCAUCUUGUUCCAAGUAUGAAAGACCUCCUCAGAAAUACAUUGCAGAACCAGAGACGAAAGUCAACUUUGUAUUGCCAACUAUCCACAAAAGACCAAUGUCUCACGAGAACUCUUGUGAAAAAAUAAAAGGGUCACCAAGAUUUCCCCAUAGACUCUCACCUGCUGCAUCUAGUUUAACUGCUUUGAGCGGGAGAAAAACCAGCGCUGAUAGCGUCUUUAGCAUAACAGGAAGGACCUUUGACGAGCAAAGACGGUAUAGCCAUCAGAAUGUGACCAACCAGGAGCCUAAAGGCAAAGCUGUGCUAGAGAGCAGGUGGAAGUCAACGGAGGACGCAAGACCGGGUCCCUCGUCAAGGGAUUAGAUGUAAAUUGUGCCAAAAUUGUGCCAAAUAAACAUUAUGUUUUUACUAUAUCAGGAAUAGUAUCUAAAAUUAAUAAUAUUAAAAUAGUUUUCAGUGAUAAUGUCAAAAGACGCUGCAAUUAUAAUAUUCUUGUCGUGGAAGUUUUUUGACCUGCUCAAAACAUCAUUUCAUUUUCACUAAUAUUAUAUAUAUGUACAGGUAUUAUACUUAGUAAUUUAAAUGUAUAAUAUAAUUGUGGAUAUAAUUGUCAAAGGAAUAUUACACCAAAUAGUAGAUUAGAAUUGUGUUUAAGUUGGUAGUUAGUUUGCGUUCCUGUAGGUAUCAUAGUAGGCCUAUACAUAUAUCAGUAUUUUAUUAGACUAGAAUGGCCUUAUUUUUUUAAUAUUCCGUGUAGGAAUCAGGAAUUGCAGAAUACGUACAAAACGGUAUCGAUAGAUAAUUAUUUAAUGCUGAUAUUAAAUGGCUAGUUUUAUAAACAAUAAUAUUUAACGUAGACUUUAAAUAUCUAAUGAUUGUCUUAGUUAUUAACAAUAUCUUCCAUGGACAGAACCCCAUACAUUCACUCAGCCAUACACUCAUUCAGUCUAUCCAGUUUUACUUAAUAGUAAUAUGUAUUUUGACAACCUGUGUUACUAAUAUAAUGAACUUAGAAUUUAAUUACUACCUACUGUAAAAAUGAUUUUGAAAUGGAUGUAAGUAGAAUAUCGAUUAAGUCAAAAUAUUUUGUAAUUUACUUAUUUAAAAAUGAAAUGAUAAGCAAUAUAAGUAAUGUAAGAAACCUAAGGGGUGAGAACAUAUCAUAAAGCAUACCUCCGUAUCUGUAAAUCAGUAGGGAAGAGCGGGCUACAGUGGAUCACCUUUUUUAUUGUAAGAGAUGUAGUUACGAUAGUUUGACUUCAAAUUGUAUAUUUUUUUAUAUAAGCCAAAAGAACGUUUAUCUAACUUAUAAUAAUCUCAUAAACAAGAGUUUUUAAAAAUCCACUGUUAUUCAUGUGUGGGUAAUAGUUGAUCCCCGUACGAUUAAAAAAAUGUGUGAACAUCUGCAUUUAAUGGGGCGUUAACCUGUUAAGUUUAUGAUAUAUGUAAAAAACAUUGCGACUGGUGUGUUGACAGGCAUUCAUUAACUUUUAACUUAUGUCUGAUUUAUUUAUUUACAUUUAGUCACUGUACUGUACCCACUCCUCCGUAACAAUAAA